AUGCAUGUCAUUCUCGAUCUAGGACCAGAAAUGGCACCAGAGACCAUUGAGCGUCUUGCUUCUGAGCAUGCCGAGAUAUCCAUACUGGAUCUUGAAUCGGGCGAGCCGUACAUCAAAGUCAACAACCACUUGUUUCGUGGCACCUUGGACGACGCUAUCACAACCAAUCUACUCUUUGAAAUCGACGAACGUAAACGGGAUACGGGUGGUCUGCUACCAUUGUUAUCCACCAUGCGAGCAACACAAGAUGAAACAGAAGAAAGGCAACCACGCUUGUCAAUCAAAUACAUGGAUGAGACCUACAAAACGAUCAUUUGCCAGCAGGUCACCUUGAUUGAAAAGACGAGCAUGGCGACUACAGAGCAACAAGAGGUGGCGGCGUCUGGAUCACAUGCGAAUAUGGCAGAUGCAUUGGAUCAUGAUAUGACAGAAACAGUGGAUGAACGGUGA